CAUCAGAUAGUAAUAGAUUUAAAUGUUAAACUUUAAAACUGUUGAAAUAAGACCAUAUUUUGAAUUCCUGCAUCCUGAAAUAUAUUGCAACAUUUUCAUUGUGCCAUUUCUAAUAAAAUUAAAAUCGUUGAACCUUCCUUAAUUUCCCACACGAAUGAAGUUAAUUUAAAUUUGUGACUGGUAUCCCUGACAGAUGUUCGUUGACGGCACUUCUACUUGUCUAUACUUAGCUUCCUUUCUUUCGUUCAUACAAUCUAAAAGAGAACAAAAAAGUCGUUUUUUUACUUAAUAACUUUAUGUUAACUUUUAUAAUAUUACAGUAAAGACAUGUGAUUUUUGAUGUAUUAGUAAUUUAUGCAUUUAUUUACAAUUUAAGUGUAUAUUUCGAGUCAUAUCAUUGAGUGUUUUAUCAUAGGUUAGGAACUGACUAUGGGGAAUUGAAAGAAUAUUGUUUUAAAUUUUACACCAAAUACUCGUGUCGCAAAAUGGAUUUUGUGAAAAGAGAAGACCAAAAUGUCAUCGACGAUGAUAAUUACAAGUUUUAUGUGGAAAGCCUUCAGAAAUCACACCAACUGGAACCAACGGACUACAAUCACUCUCCGAUAUCAAUGGAACAGCUGCACCAGGCCAUGCAGUCUUCCGUAGCCAGCUCCAUCGUCCACAACUUCCAGCUACCACUCUCACCGCGACAAAUGUCCUCGUUAAUGCUAAAAACCAACCAUCUUCCAAGAAACCUCAACUUUAACGACAUCCCGGCUCACUUACAACGGAACCUGACGAUGGAAUUAGACCUAGUACACAAUUUAGCCAACGAACUACCUCAGAACCUGAACCGUCACGAUGAUUUAUUAACUCAGAACUUGAGUAGAAACCUGGAUCUAUCGUUAGUUAGGAGUUUGGGUAAUGAUUUGGAGCUACAGAAUAAUCUGAGCCAGUUAGCACAGAAUUUGAACGAGAAUUUGAGUGCUGAUCUAAAUAGGAUCAAUGAUUUGAGGACUGAUAUACCUCAUGAUCUGAGCCAUGAGAUUGAUUUGUCCCAUCAUUUAAACAGGGCAACGAUUGAACAGGAUAUAUUGGCCCAAGAGGAGGCUAGACGGACACCAAUGGUUGUUCAAAUGCAGGACCAACAUUUAUUGGAACAAAGGUUGGCGCCAAAUAUGGGUGUCCACGAGAGGUUGGACCAACAGGAGCACGCCAAUAUGCUGCCAAUGCCGUUCCAUAUAAAAUCAGAGCAGGAAGAUGAUGGAUAUUUCUAUGAUAAUAUUAAUCCCGGGAUCAAUGUAGCUAACUUGAAUGGAUUACCAGCCGAACACACACAACCGCAACCAAACGUCCACACAGACACACAAAUGUACGCUGUAUACAACAACCAUGUUAAUGUGCCAGCGCUAAACUCCAUAGACUUAUACUCCAGACCGCAAAACUACAUACAGAACUUCACGAAUAUUCGGGAAAACCCACAGAACCUAGUUGUUCAUAGACAGUUCGAAAACACCAGCCCAUAUCAAGAAGACUUCAAGAAAAUAAGACAAGAAGUUAUACAAAAUGUUGAGAAGGAAAAAGUUGAAGACCCGAAAGAGAAUCUUAAGCCUCAAGAUCAAAAUAAACUAUACUACCAGGAGUAUAACCAAAAUUUUGCGGAGGCUAAGAAUGAGAAUGAUUCCAGCGCCCAAAAUAAAAUACCAGAAGACAUUAGUAUGAAUAUCAAAGGCCAAUACAUUUGUUACAAGUGCCACGAUGUGUUCCCGUCGAAAAGAGGUUUGAAACACCACUCGAAAAGCUGUACAGAAAACGAAAACUUAGUCGAAAGAGUCGGGAAGUUUGGCUGUAGUCAGUGUUCCUACAGAUGUCAAUCGCCCGCCAUCUUGAAAAUACACGAACGGACUCACUCCGGAGAAAAACCAUUCUCGUGUACCUUCUGUGAUUACAAGUCUGGGCAGAAGAAUAACGUCGCGAAACAUAUCUUGGUUCAUAUGAAAGAAAAACCGUUUAGGUGCCAGUAUUGUGAUUAUCGAUGCGCGCAGAAAAAUAACUUAGUCGUUCACGAGCGGACUCACACAGGGUAUAAGCCCUUUGCCUGCCCAUUCUGCGAUUAUCGGACAGUGCAAAAACCUAAUUUAGUAAAACACAUGUAUUUGCAUACCGAUCAGAAGCCGUUCAGCUGCGAUAUGUGCUCUUACAGGUGUGUUCAGAAAACUAAUCUUACAAAACACAAGCAAAGGCAUUUAAACGAAAAGGAUGGGGAGAAAGUUGAUGUUAAGAACCAAGCGAAGCCGUACAGGCCUCGUCAAAAGUCUGUCAAGUGUCCUCAUUGUGCUUACAGGUGUGUGCAAAAGUCUAGUAUGGAAAAACAUCUUCAGUUUAAACAUGGUACACAAGAUAGUGGUGAUAUUGAAGGGUUGAACUUGAUGAAGGGUGGGGAAGAUGUCGAAAGCAUAAAUUUAAGUGUUAAAAAGGACUUUGAGAGUGAAAAGGAUAGCGUGAGUGCGGAAUCAUAGUUUUUAAGGAAACGGAGGUUCGGUGAGUGGUGAUUGUGUAUUGCAUUUUUAGGUUUGUAAAGACUCCUGGCAGAAAUGUAUGGAAAUUGCAAAGUAUUUUUUUUGUAUAUUAGUACUUGCAUUAGGAAUUCUUGUUUUUGUGGAAGCGAGACGUCGCACGUAAUGCCGUCUCUCUUUAACAGUCAUUGUUUGCGUUUUUAAGAGAUAGGAUGUACUGUUGAUUUUUAACCAACGUCAAAAAAGAGGCAGUUCUCAGUUUGUAUGCUUUUUUUAUUUCUUUAUUGCUUCAGAACUUCAUUCUGGAUGAACCUUCUAGUUGAUUCGCUUUACACCUAAAUUAAAAUAGGUUUAAUUUGUUCUCAAAAAAAAUAGUUUUUAUU